AUGUUUAUCAAAGUGAUGUUUGGAGCUGGCUGCUGGGAGCUGGUGAACACUUGGUGCAGCCCGGUGACCCUCACCGCCCACUUGAGGCAGAGGGGGCAGGUGCCCCCAGAUGCGGUCAUUGCCCUCCUGGCUGAGGAUGGGCACUUUGUGAGUCUGGAUGAGGGACUGGAGGAAGGGGCUUCCCAGGCCCCUUCCAUGGGCAGUGCCCUGCUGCAGGAGCGUGGGACCUAUGUCCUCGUGCAGAUCAUCAAGGGGGAGGGUGGGGCCCCCACCCGCUAUGAGUCCCUCCUGGAGAACCUGGAUGACCAGUAUCCAGAGCUAGCAGAGGAGCUUCGCUACCUGUCAGGCCUACAUCCCAUGAGUGAUGGCCGGAAGAAGCGCACGAGCACUCGGCGUGGCCACCAGGAGCAAGGCCCCUCUUCAAGGCCACGAAGAAUGGGCUCCCUGCCAUCCAGGAUCCGCUAG